GCCCUCUGCCUUGCUCGACUUCCCUUCCCUUCCUCUCCCUCCACUUGAACAAUUUAGUCCUCCUGUGCCCGCGUACAGCCGUUCGGAACGGGCCCUCAUCGAUCGUCGACACUACUUCCACUACCGCCCUUCGCAAAACACAAUAAUUUUCUCGGCGGCCCUGCCCUCCGGCGUUCGCAUCCCGAACUGGACCCUCUCUCCCACCGCAUUGCUUGCACACGAACACCCCGUCUUGUGUCCAUGUGCCCACGGUGAUGCCAUCGAAAGUCGUCGCCACCAUCAACUCGACCGGAAGACAGGCUGCCUCCUUCAUUAGGGCUGCCUCUGCCGUCGGCUGGCAUGUCCGCGCCCAGGUGCGCAGUGGCGAAGGCUUGGUAGCCGAGGAGUUGGCCGUCUUGCCCAACGUCGAGCUGAUCGAAGGAGACCUCACUGGUCCCUCGCGCACCGCAAUCCUCAAUCGACUCUUCGCGGGUGCAAAGAUCGCCUUCAUCAACACCACGCACUGGGGCAAUGAAGUGGCCAUCGGGAAGGCAUGCGCAGAUGCCGCCAAGAGAGCCGGCAUUGCCCACUAUAUCUUCUCCAGUAUGCCCGAUCAUUCUGUAUAUGGCGAGGACUGGAGGGCAUUGCCCAUGUGGGAGACCAAGUUCGCCAUCGAAAACUACGUGAGGCAGAUUGGUAUCCCCGCCACAUUUGUCUACACUGGUAUUUACAACAACAACUUCACUUCGCUACCAUAUCCACUAUUCCAGAUGGAGCUCCAAGACGACGGCAGCUUCGUCUGGCAAGCACCUUUCCACCCUGAUGAUCCACUACCUUGGCUGGACGCCGAGCACGAUGUUGGACCCGCACUGCUCCAGAUUUUUAAAAUGGGCCCCAGCCAUUGGAAAGGACAGAGAGUGACGUUGGCGUUCGAAAAGCUUACGCCCAUACAAGCGUGCAAUCGCUUCUCACGAGGCGUUGGCAGACCCGUUCGUUACAUACAUGCACCCAUCAAAAUAUCUGUUCAAAUACCGAGCGGCUACCGCGAGCACCUGGACAUCUUGCAAGAAACCCUGGGCGACAAACGUGCACCUUACUUUGGACCAGACCUGGAAUACCCGAAAGAAGGCCGCAGCAUAUGGGAGGGCUACCGAGGUCUCGAGGAGUACGCUCGCGAAGUCUUCCCCAUCGAGGAGUACGCAAAUGGCUUGCGCUGGAUGGAGGAGGAUGGGAAAAGCCUCACUGGUUGCAGCACGCCCAACUACGAAAAUGGCGAUUCCAUGGGUGAAGGUGGACGAUCACGACCUAUCACUCCAGCCGGCAUGAUGACACCUGCGCACAUUGUUUCAGCCUACACACCCAGAUCGCAUCCAGAAGGCGUGCACGCUGGCUUCUUCGUGGGCAGCUGUUAGUGACGGCUUGACGUUUGAAACUCGAAUUACGUACGUCCUUAUCAGAUUGCGUUGCUCAUCACAUCCAUCAUCAUCACCGGGUCUCAGCAAGACCAAAGAGGAUCUCACCACUACCACUAUACAAAUCUACCAAACCGAGACUUUUCGGGCCGCAGGCGGGACAGUUGAAGUCCGACCUCCUCGUUUUUUUUGAUCGGCAUUUCUCUGCGACGGGCAUGGGUGGUAAUGGGAGGGGGCAAGGGAAAAAAAAAGCUACGGUAUGCGAUUGUUCAAUUGAGCGGAUUCUUUUUUGAAAAUGUUUCGGCCAAUCAUAUUUUGCCAUGAUGAGACAGACCCACGGCCAUCAUAUCAGUUCGCAGAAAGAAGGAAAUCUCACAAAAGUUUGAUGUCAAAAGUCCUCUUAUUGCUCGAUUGAGAAGAGAGAUACGGGAAAAUUUUUGCAAGUAAUAAGCAGGCAGGGAAAGAUAGCACAAUGCGAAAUGGCAUGGCAUGGCGUGAUGACGC